CAAACCUCUCUCAACCGUUCUUUUCAAGCCGCCACGCCUGCCCAAAACCGACAUCCUGGCAUCUAAUCAAAGAACUGCCAGAGGCAGGCUGUCCUGUGCGAGUGCAGACCCUUCACUUUCCUGGCAACCUCGCGUUGUCUACUGUGCUGUCUCGGUCUCGGCUUGCGGUUCUGCUUCGCCGUUCAUCAAGGACACCACUUGAGUCUUUUCUGUGGGAGAAUCAAGUUUUCACUUCAAAUAUGCCAGCCACUACCGAGGAAAAUGGGGAGCCAUUCCCGGUCCUCAAUGGGGUCAAGCACUCUGCGACAUUUCCUGUUAAUGGACACUUGCACCCAGAGGACGAUGUUCCCGGCAGUGGGCGCAGUGUCAGCUUCGCCGAUUCAACUCGGUCGCGAGGAAGUUCAUUCAUCGAUACCUCACUGCCCUUCGGCGUCCAGACUGACCUGCCGCCCUUACAAGUCAACACUUCUCAUCGCGUACAGUCCAUGGGCGUACAUGAGGAUGAAGCCAGCGGGCCACAAUCCGCAAGCCGUGCCCGGAUCAGGACAUGGACUGACGAUCCCAAAACCGCGCAAUUCCCCCGGAUUGCAAAGCCAGUAGAGCUGAUGCGUAGCUCAUACGACUGCGUCGUCAUUGGCUCCGGCUACGGCGGUGGUGUAGCCGCAUCGCGUAUGGCUAGAGCUGGCGAGUCUGUGUGCUUGCUCGAAAGAGGCAAGGAGAAGUGGCCCGGGGAAUACCCCAGCGGCACAGGCGAAACUCUCGAGCAACUGCAUUACUCUGGCGAGGUCUGUCCCUCGUUAUUGCCCAAGAGCACCGUCAAGGGCGGUGAUCCCACUGGCAUGUAUCAUCUCAUCUUUGGAAACGGGCAGAAUGCUCUCGUUGGCAAUGGGCUGGGCGGGACCAGUCUUAUCAACGCCAACGUCUUCCUUGAGGCCGAUGAGGAUACUUUGCGCCUCGAACCCUGGCCGCAGGAGAUACGGGAGGAUCCCAAAAGUCUCGAUAAGUACUACAAAAAGGCUGCAGAUAUGCUGGACCCUGUAGAGUAUCCCGAGGACUGGCCAGAUCUACCGAAACUCAGCUUGCUCGAACAGCAAGCGGAGAAUCUGAACAUGAAGUCAAAGUUCCGACGCGUCCGGCAAACGACUCGGUUUCGGAACGGGCCGAAUAGCUGCGGUGUCGAGAUGAGCGCUUCAGCACUUACCGGCCAGGAUGCGACAGGUCUCAACGACGGCUCUAAAAACACCACCUUGGUGACCUACUUGGCGGAUGCCUGGAAUUGGGGCGCCGAGUUGUUCUGCGAGUCAGAAGUACGCUAUGUCCACGAGGCACCAGAUCGCGAAGGGUACAUUGUGUACUUUGCCUGGCAUGGCAGAAACCGCGGGCACUUUCCGGCCAAUUUGCAUGGAGAUCUGAUGUGGGUUCAUGCGAAGAAGGCUGUAUUCUUUGGAGCUGGUGCUAUUGGCACCACUGAGAUCCUCUUGAGGAGUAAGGAGAUGGGUCUCUCGCUCAGUGAGAAGAUUGGCCAGAACAUGAGCGGCAACGGAGACAUACUCGCGUUCGCGUACAACACGGACCAACACGUCAAUGCGAUCGGGACCUCUUUCCCAUCUCCCUACAAUCCGAUUGGGCCGUGCAUCACCGGCAUCAUUGACAACAGGAUGGGCCACGAGAAUCCCGAGGAUGGCUAUGUCAUUGAAGAGGGCACAGUGCCGAAAGCACUAGCUCCUUUCCUCCAGGCCAUGUUCGAACUCCUGCCUGGCAGCAAGGCUCCCACAGGCGAGAGCUUAUUUGAACGUGUCAAGGGAAACAUGGCUCGAGCUGGCAGCUUCCUUCUGGGGCCCUACUUCAAAAAGGGCGCGAUCGAAAGGUCACAGGUGUUUCUGAUCAUGUCACAUGACAGCAACCAAGCGAUAUUAACACUGAAAGACGACAAGCCUGUGUUGGAAUUCGUAGGCGUCGGGCGUAGUGACCACGUCAAGGAGCUGCACCAUCUUCUCGAAAAGGCGACGAAGAGUGUUGGUGGCACUUUUGUGCCGAAUCCAUUUUACUCUCUCCUUGGGCAACAGCAGAUUACUGUCCACCCCAUAGGUGGUGCCUGUAUGGCGCGUGACGGAACCGGCUACACGGGUGGCACAAAUCAUCGCGGCGAGCUGUUUACUGGUCUAGGAGAGGCAACUCACCCCGGGCUGAUUGUGACCGAUGCCGCCGUCAUCCCAACGGCACUUGGCGCGAACCCCUUUGCUACGAUCACGGCUCUAGCAGAGAGAACCAUGGACUUGUAUACCCAGAGAGAAGGCUUGCGCGUUUGUACAGACGGGAAUGGCAUUCUGGACCUGUUUGGCUCGCCCAAGCGGGCGAGGCGUUCGCGCAAGCACAGCGCAGCACAAUGCGUCAUGGAGAACCAGGAGACGACCAGCAUCGUCAAGGCUAAGUCGUUGAUGAACACUGCCCGGCGGAACGAAGACGGCGGCUUCGGAUUCACAGAAGUCAUGUCAGGUUACAUCCACCAUGAUCACCACUUGGUGCGCGACAACCAGGAGACGUACGAGCUGGCUGCCAGGACUGCAAAGUCCUUGUGCGAGACAGCACGUUUCUUCUUGAGCGUUCAGAGCUUCAACACGCGCUCCAUCGUGCAUGACCCGGAACACAAAGCAAUGCUUACCGGCACAUUCGCCUGUCCCACGAUACCAGGGUCCCCAUUCAUGGUGCAGCGCGGAGAUUUCAACUUGUUCCUCCUCGACCACAAGGCGCCCGGGACACGAAACCUGACUUAUGACUUCGACAUGACUGGCGUCGAUGGGCGGAAGCUGCACUUUCAUGGCUACAAGGUUGUCGACUCAUCGGUCGCGCUUGCGCCCGUGCAGUUCUGGAAGUCGACCAGCACUCUCUACGUCACCAUCACCGAGACGUUCUGCGGCUCCGACUACGAACCUGAGGGCGACGAGGACGGCUUGAGGGGCAAGAUCAUUGCCAAAGGCAUCAUGCGGAUCGAGCCGCAGGACUUCCUUUCUGAAGUGCUGACGCUCACGCCAACUGGCAGUGGGCUGCUGAAGAAGGCCAUCAGCGCCACAAAGUUCUUCACGUUCUUCACGAGAAAGUCGCUCUCGCUUUUCCUGGCGCCGUUGACUCCCUUGCAGUACCCCAGUCCGACCUACGCCGGCUUUGUCAACGACACUGUGCCAAAUCGCUCCUACAAGAUCAAGGCUUCGGACGGGGUGAUCACAGCCAUGCACGUGUGGUACCCAACGAACAAGACUAUAGCCACCAAGAACCUUGUCAUGAUACCUGGCGCUGCAGUGGAUCAUCAGGUGUACGCCCUUCCCACAAUCCGUUAUAACGCAGUCAACUAUUUCCGCCGCGCGGGGUAUCGUAUAUUCGUACCAGUACACCGGAUUGGCGCAAUCAUGGCUGCGCAGAACGAUUGGACAACCUUUGACGCCAGGCUUGACUUCAAGGCGGCCCUCGAGAAGAUCCGAGAAGACUAUGGAGAUGAGCCAGUCUACGUUGUCAGCCAUUGCAUGGGCGGCGGCGUCCUCUCAUCUGCAUUGCUGGACGGUACCGUUCCAGCGAGCUGGAUCAAGGGCAUCACUGCGAGCCAAGUGUUUAUGAACCCGAUCUGGGCCACCAUGAACAUGAUCAAGAUCAUGGCCUCGCCCAUACCCGCAGACACCAUCUACAGAACCAUUUUCGGAAAAUGGUUCAGCUGCAGCACGGGCCAGGACGACAGCUACCUCCAGAAACUUCUCAACGAGGCGAUGAGGUUCAUGCCUGAGGAGCGCAAGGAGAUCUGCAACAAUGCGUCGUGCCAUCGCGUGUCGUUCGUGUUCGGUCGGUGCUGGAACCACAAGAACCUCAACGAGGCCACGCACAGGCAGCUUGACCGGUUCUUUGGUGGCGUCAACAUGACCCUACUCAACCUGCUCAUGAGGAUGGGCUUCGAGGGCUCGACCAUGGCUAAUGGUCCGCUGUUUGAGCGGCUAGACACGCCAGAGAAUAUUCGCAGGCUGCGCGGCAUCCCGAUCUUGUUCUUCGUCGGGCGCGACAAUAAGGUGCUGAGCCCAGAGAGCACGCAGCGCAGCUACGAGAUCCUGACCGACAUGUUUGGCACGCGCUUUGACGACGGCGUGCAGUACCGGCGCCGCGUGGUGCCCGACUAUGGCCAUCUAGACUGCUGGAUGGGCCGCAAUGCCUGGAAGGACGUGUUCCCCUUUGUGCGUGAGGAGGUCGAUCGCGUGAUGCGUGGCGAGCACUACAAGUUUGAGCACCCCGACGACGAGUUCAAGCAGAUGGUGUCAACCGGGGCGCUGAACUAUUAGUGCGCGUCCUCGGAGCAUGAGAGGGUCUUCCAACUGCUCUGCUGGUUAGUGUACAGUCAUAUCCGGAAUGUGUUUUACGUGUAACGAUAUGCUUGGUGGGCUUUGAGAGUUCCAAGGUUUUCUGGUUCUUUUCUUCUUUUGCAAGGCGCCAUCUCGUGCUGGCCUAUUUUUUCACGGCGGGUUUUGUGCUUUCCUAUACCUAGAUAAGCGAUGUCGUUCGGAGCGUGCCUUGAUUAUUGUCCAAAUUCAAUAAGUUUUCUCUAACCACGAC